CCUCCAACUGCUUGGUAUCAAAGUAUGUUGUAUGCGUGACUGACGAUCUCUGAACCGCAAAGCUGGGCAUCGAGAGUGGAUCGUUCAAUCCCCGUGGUUAAUGGGCGAUAAUGCUACCAAGUUCGUGCCUUUGGGUCGAAUUGUUCGCUGCAGCUGUCAAACGUUACCAAAACCUUCUGUUUCUAAGUUUACAUCUUGACUGGCAGACGGUCUAGAUCCUUCCCCACUGCUCGAUCAUCCAAACGACACUACACUAAGUUGACGAACCGCUCAAUAUGGGCUUCGUAGUCCUCCCCGCUCUGGUGCCAGACAUUAGCGCGGUGUACAAUGUGUACUUUGCAGCCUUCAAGGACAGCGCAGUCACACGCGCGCUGUUUCCUUCGGCUACCGAGAAAGAUCUGACAGACUCAACUUCCGAAUUUCGACAGGCUCACACCGGCCAUGUCUCGGAGUACUGGAAGACGAGUGCAACGCAAUACACCCUGAAGUGUGUCGACACCGAAACUAACAAGAUCGUUGGCAUGGCGCUUCUCGAUGUGUACAUCACGCCUAGUGAUUGGAAGAGAGGCGAGAUUGGAUGGCUGGAGGGAAAGGAGCGCGAACGAGCCGAGGCACUUGUGAAGCCGCUUUGGGACGCAAGAGAGAAGCUCUGGCUUAAUGAGAGAUACAUUUACUGCCACGUCAUGGCCGUGCACCCGGACUACCAACGGAGGGCCAUUGGCGAGUUGCUAUUCAAGUAUGAGAUGGACAUUUGCCGGCAGACUGGGUUGCCCAUGUACAUAGAGAGCUCGAAGGAGGGCAUCAAGCUUUACGAGAAGAUGGGAAGCAGAAGACUGAAAGAGAAGCUGGUGCACAAGUCGGAAGACAUUACUCCGGAGAAGACCAACGGCGCGAGGGAAGACCAAGAGCUUCCGUUGUUCGUCUGGUUGCCGGAAGGCGGAGAAAAGCGACUACCAAAGUCUGUGGAGCUGGCGUGAAAAUGACAUGGUGGA